AUGGGCGACGAGGCGGACAGCAAGAUCACGCGGGCGGCCGACCGUGAAGGCUCGAUCCGGGAGGGCUCGACAGACGGGAACGAGGUUGGGAAUGAUGGCAAGAUCGAUGCCUACGGCGACGAGGUGCACGUGGUCGACCACGAGGCGGAGCGACGCUUGUGUCGCAAGCUGGACUUCCGGCUCAUGCCUGUGCUUGCCAUCAUGUACCUGUUCAACGCCCUCGACAAGGGUAACAUCGGAAACGCCGAGACCGAUGGCAUGAGCACCAACCUCGGCUUCAAAGACGGACAGUACAACCUCAUCGUCAGCAUCUUCUUCGUGCCGUAUGUCGUCGCGGCCCCGUUCGUCGCCUUCGUCGGCAAGAGGUUCGGCCCGGCGGUCAUCCUCCCGAUUCUCAUGUUCACCUUCGGAAGCAUGACGCUGCUCAUGGCGGCUGUGCAGAACUUUGGUGGCGUCCUGGCACUGCGAUGGAUCUUGGGCAUGAGCGAGAGCGGCUUCUUCCCCUUGGUCAUCUACUAUCUGACGACGUUCUACCGCCGCGGUGAGCUGGCGAGACGACUGGCUAUCUUCUAUGCUGCGUCGAACAUUGCGAAUGCCUUCUCGGGACUCCUCGCCUUCGGUGUCUUUCGCAUUAAGAGCACGAGCCUCUACCCCUGGCGCUGGCUGUUCAUCGUGGAGGGAACCGCAAGUGUUCUCUUCUCAAUCUUCGCUUUCUGGUAUCUUCCGCGAAGCGCUGCAGAGGCUAAAUUUCUCAACGCUGAAGAGAAGCAACUCGCUUUUCACCGCAUCCGAGUCGAUAGCUCUUCAGUCGUUGGCGAGAAGAUGAGCAUCAAGGAGAGUGCCAAGGUCUUUAAGCACCCUACUACAUUUGGCUUCUUGCUCAUCGAAAUCUGCCUCGGAGUUCCUCUCCAGAGUGUCAACCUCUUCAUGCCCCAGAUCAUCCAGCGUCUGGGCUACAGCACCGUAAAAACCAACCUGUACACCGUUGCCCCGAAUGUCACCGGAGCUUGCAUGCUUCUCAUCCUGGCUUUCCUCUCCGAUUGGCGCCGCCUUCGCUUCCCAUUCAUCGCAUUGGGUUUCUCUCUAACCUUCAUCGGCUUCAUCAUCUAUGCCGCGAUCGACGAUGUUGAGAGGCAGAUCAAGUUGGCAUACUAUGCGUGCUUCAUGAUGACGUGGGGAACUUCAGCCCCUAGUGUCCUACUGUCAACGUGGUACAACAACAACGUUGUGAACGAGAACCAGCGUGUAUUCUUGACCUCGAUUGGUGUUCCGCUGGCAAACCUCAUGGGUCUCGUCAGCAGCAACAUCUUCCGCAAGCCCGACGCGCCAAAAUACGCACCUGCACUGAUCACGACAGCCUCGUUUGGUGGCACUGGCAUUCUUUGUGCCUUGUCGCUGGGUUGCUUCAUGAUUUGGGAUAAUAAGAGGAGGAACAGGGCGCAGGGUGUCAACCUAACUGCUAGUGACGUGCCGACGUCCAAGCUGAACGAUGGGCCUAAGAGCCCCGACUUCAGGUGGUUCCUAUAA